CAAUGACUACGAUUGACGGCGUGGAAUCCUGUUUGGGAUAAAGUGCAUAGGGAGUGCCCCUGGAUGGGAUGUUUAACGAACUAAUGGGGGAUAAGGUAGUGUCAGGACAUAUAAAACCACAAGACGACUAAGCUCCCUAGACGUUGAUCCAUUUUUUGUAUAGUUGGCUUCUGUUGAUGGCGAAAGGUGGACGCGAAUAGUUUUGGGGCAUAAGAACAGGUGCCGAUCUCUUAUUUUGUGUCGACGAAGUAUCGCGACUUAUACCAGCGAGAGACGAAUUGUUCGAUUUUACCAGCUGUUCGGGAUCUGUGAAACACAGCCCUGCACUUCAUAGCUGUUAGCCAUGGCAUCAAAUGCACCCCUUCUGGAUGAUGAUGACACCCCUGCAUUUGGAGAAGAGAAUGAAGACCAUGGGAAAUUAAAGCACCCCUUCGUCACGCUGUUUCACCUGCUGUUCCGGUUCGGAGCUAUCAUCGUGUACAUCCUGGCUAACUGGUUGGGCCAAGGCUUCAUCAGCUGCUUCAUCAUCAUCAUCUUGCUGCUGUCAGCAGACUUCUGGACAGUUAAAAACAUCACAGGUCGGCUGAUGGUCGGUCUGCGCUGGUGGAACUACGUCGACGACGACGGCACCAGUCACUGGGUCUACGAGUCGCGGAAGGGCCUCCAACAGAGCCGGGUGCACGCGGCCGAGGCCCGCAUCUUCUGGGCGGCGCUCUACGCCUCGCCUGUGCUCUGGGUCAUCCUCCUGAUCUUCGCGUUCUUCAGCUUCACCUACGCCUGGAUGGUGCUGCCGGCAAUCGGGAUAGUCCUGAACGGUGCCAACGUGUACGGCUACCUGCGGUGUCGCUACGGCUCCAGCCAGGGCAUCCAGACGUCGCUGGGCGCCGCCACUACCAGCUUCAUGCGGGACCAGGUCAUGAAAAACAUUUCGAGCAUGAUGUUCCGGCAGCCGGCCGCUAGCGGCACCUCCCAACCGCAGCAGACGGUCUGAGCGACGCGUGCGACGCUGUGAUUGGCCCGAGGCGGGUCGGACGGUUUUGAUUGGUCCAGGGUGACGUCAGCCGACUUUGUGAUUGGCCCAAUCGGUUUCGUAUGGUUCUGAUUGGUCAAUGGACGUCGGCCGGCUCUGUGAUUGGUCCGAGGUGACGCAACGUUGCCGCCUUGCGUUGGCAACCGCGUCCUUGCGCCCGCGACGUCAAGCGGUCCUGAUCGGCGAACAGAGGCACUGUCCACCGUGGACACGGGGGCUUUUGGGCGCGAGCACGGGCUAUCCGGCGCGAACGUGAGCUGGCCGCUGUGUGGCUACUGUCGGGCGCCAACAGAUGCCACCCUGCUGAACGCCGGUUGUCCGGGGCCGGCCUCGUUUUGCGGGCGUCCACUGCUUGCAUCGCAGGCGGGAGCGUCAGCUGACUCCCUGCGCCGGCCGUGUUCAGCUAUUUAUCCGCGUUGUUGUUUGUUCGGGCAUUGCUGGGCGGGUCAGGUGGCGGCUGUGUGGCGAGUGUGGCGGCCCGGUCCGGUCCGGUCCGCCGGCGGACCGCGCUCCCUCCGUGUAAACGACGCAAUAUAGACUCGUUUGCGGUGGGCUGUGUGGUGACGAAGGCGGACGACGG